AUGGCGGAGGAAUUUCAUGAUGGCGGGAACUGGUGGAGUUCAUCAAGAAUUGCAUUUGAUUCUCCAUGUUCAUUGGCAAUCAACGGUGUUGAAAGCUUUGGAUGGCCAGGUGAUCAUCAUAUGAUGAUGAACAUGAAGACUACAAGAUCUGGUGAUAAUGAGUCUGGUUCAGCUUCAGAUGGCUCUAUUGUACUUCAAGAAAUGCAGAAACCAGACUCAAUCCUACAAAUGAUGGGAAUUACCCUUUCACCAUCCACAGCAGCUGUUAAUUGGAAUCAAGAUUUACUGAAGGACAAUGGAAUUUCUCAAGGAAAUUAUUCCCAGAUCCUACAACAAGACCUCAAUUCCAGCAUGAAUUUUUCGCAACAACUUGGGGUCGACUGUCCUCAAAUCCAGAACGACUGGAGUUCAAGAAACAUUUCCGGGGAUGUUGAAGAUUCGUCCAUAAACUCACUCAAACAAAUAAAUAGCUCCAAUAGCACACCUUCUUGGACCACCGCUGCUGUAGCUUCAAACAAUAUUGGAAACAUUUUUCCUUCAACAAAAUCCCAGUUCCUGCUAUCAGCUCUCGAUGUGAAACCUAAUCUUCCCAACCUCGCUGCAAAGGCUAACAAAACGGCCGGAGACUUGAACCCAAUAACAAAUAAAUCCAGCAAUAAGCCUACAUUCAAACGUCCGCGACUUGAAACACCAUCUCCAUUACCAACAUUUAAGGUCGGAAAAGGGAAGCUGGGGGACCGAAUAACUGCUCUCCAGCAGUUGGUUUCACCUUUCGGAAAGACUGAUACUGCAUCUGUUCUACAAGAAGUAAUUGAGUACAUCAAAUUUCUCCAUGAUCAAGUCAGUGUAUUGAGUACUCCAUACAUGAAAAAUGUACCUCCAGUUCAUCGCCAACAGACUGCCGGUAAGCUUAAGGAUCAAGAAGGGUCGAAACUCGACCUUAAAAGCCGGGGUCUUUGCCUUGUGCCCAUAUCGAGCACCUUCUUGAUUGCAGCAGAGAAUACAUCUGAUUUCUGGACACCAGUAUUUGGAGGAAGAUUCAGGAAAAGCAUGUCUAAGAAAAAGAGGACAAUGCUGGACCAUCUGAUGUAUGCCAGAGAAUGA